GUACAGACGCACAACUUCCGCACACAAAACAUCAAAAUGGCGGUAAAAUUAAAGUUUAUCCUGCUGAUAAUUGCAGCGGUGGGUAGCGGAACUGCCAUGGACACGCAUCGAACACCUCGACAGAACGGCCCUGCGUUGAUCUUCACAGCGGGCAAUGGAGAGCAAUGCCUGGGAUCCGACAGGAGUACAGGUGGAGUUUGUUUAUCCAGGAACCAGUGCAACACUCAGGGAGGAAAGGCCAUUGGAUUCUGUGGAGUGUUCGCAACAUGUUGCUCAUUGAACGCGUGCGACGUCCGGACCAACACGAAAGUUGCCGUGUUCAUCAACCCUCCUCUCAACAGAGAGUCCUCAGGGUUGGAGUGCUCUUACAACGUGGAGAUCAACAACAACAACGUGUGUCAGAUGAGGAUCGACUUUGAGACCUUCAACCUGGCACCCCCCACUACUGUAGAAGCAGUUGAAAACGUUACAAGUCGACCGGGAUAUUCCUGCCGCAAUGAUAUCUUCCAGGUCACCAACCUGCAGGCUAACUCCGACAUUCUGCCGCCUCUGUGUGGAGACAAUAAUGGACAACACAUGUAUGUCCGGGUGAACGCGUCGACCAACAGCCGGUCAAUCCGGAUCAACUUCAAGAUCGCCGACAGAAACACUCAGCCGAACUUACCGCAGGCCACUUGGAAGAUCAAGGUCACACAGCUGGAGUGCUUCAACACUUUAGGGAAGUAUCGCGACGGUUUCCUGGAAGCCAUCACCUCCUCGCUGCCGUCCACUCCACUCUCAUCAUCAGCCGACCGAGAUGAAUACCUGAUUGCACCGCCCGGCUGCCUGCAGUACUACCCGGACCGAACAGGAGCCUUCGAGUCAUUCAACUACAACCGAGGAGCCGGGCCUUACAUAGCCAACCUGGCUUAUGCCACGUGCUUCAAGAAGACACCAGACGUGUGUGGCAUCAAAUUAACUGCAGCCAGCUUCGAGAUGGCCUUCCGUGACGACACAAACAUGUACUUGGAUACCGACUGCCAGACGAACCCGGUGGUGCAAGGAUCCAGCCAGUCUGAGGACUACCUGUUCAUCCCCGAGGCGGAGACAGCUGACGGUCUACGUGGCUCCAAAUAUUGCGGAUCUAGUGCUUCUGAUCAAAUCAUUGCAUCAACGCCACCUGGGCCGCUGUACGUGCAUUUCCAUAGCGACAACUUAGUCACAACUGACAUCAACGAGUCCGGCUACAGAUUCAAUUAUAACGUCCUAAACAACUGUUAUCUCAGAACAAAUACUUUCCCGUAAUAGAUGGCGCUGUAAUAAAAUUAUAUAACAUGACUCCCAGUACUUUUAUAGCUAUUUUACAUAUAGUAUUUAAAUAGAAAACCUUUUUAGAAUUACAAAACAAAAGAAACAUCACUUUAAGUGUUUCUCGAAUCUCUCCCAAUUGAAAAAAGGGUUUAGUAGGUAAUGCUGAUGAAACACAGAUGGCGUUACUCGGUAUAGGCUCAAGUGUUGCCAUAUCUUGCUGUAGGUAGUGCUUUUAUUUAUUUAAUAAGAUUAAAAAUUGUAUUUAAAGAAAUAAGGGAACUAGAUGUUGCAUUUAUUUUUGUCAAUAAGUAGAUGUUUAAGAUAUUUUUUGAAUAAAAUUCUAAAAAUAAA